AUAACAACCAUCACAUCAUCACGGUAUCGUCCAUCGUCGAUUGUCGACACCUUAUACUGUCACUGGUAGCCUACUCUUGUGUUCCAGCAACGAUGAAUGUCUUGGUCGCACUGUUGGUAGUGCUGCUAGCGGUCUGUUGGAUAUCCUUUCGAAAACAGCCUGUUCGCUUCACUUCCCAGGAUACCAAAUUUCGAGACCGAUACGGAGAAUGGGCCAUUGUGGCGGGAGCCAGUGGCGAAGGCCUCGGUGCCGCUUGGGCGGAUGCUCUCUGCGAGCUCCAUGUGAAUGUGCUGCUAAUUGCCAGAAGGGAACCACAGUUGAUGGAAUUGAAGAAAACCCUGGAAAACAAGUACAGUGGAUGCAAGGUGGAUACUCUGGUUCAGGAUUUGAGUGCCGCGGACCUUGUCGACGUGUUUGCCGACUUGUUGCUAGGGGCAGACAACCGGCAAUACGGCUUUCUGGUCCACAACGCUGCGUAUAGCCAUAUGGGUCCCUUUCUCGAUGCACCAUUGGAAAAGCACAGCUUGACGGUGGAUAUUGAUGUCCGUAGUGUCAUGACCAUGACGCAUCAAUUUGGCAACUACUUGAAAUCCAAUGGCCGAACGGGAGGCAUCAUCAUCAUGUCAUCCAUGGCGGGAGAAAUUGGAAGCGCCUUUGUCUCCAAUUAUGCCGCGACCAAAGGGUUCGAUACGGCUUUUACGCAGGCUGUCAGUUACGAGUUGAAACCACUGGGAAUUGACCUUCUGGCGUGUGUGGCAGGUUGCACUGUGACUCCAAACUACAUCAAGGUCGCCGCAGCAGGUACCAGGAAUCCCAUUAUUGAACAGACACCCGAACAAGUAGUGGAGGAAUGCAUCCAAGGAAUAGGAGUCAAGGCAUCCAUUCGAACUGGUUUCAUCAACAAGCUCAUUCGGUUUUUUAUGGUACGGGUGCUGCCACUGGAAUUUGCUAUCCAAAUGUUUGGCAGUGAAACGGAAAAGUUGCUCGAAGGCACUGUUCAAGUGGACGAUUAAAAGUAUACGGACGAGUCGAGUCAAAGGGAAACAAUAUAUCAUUUGGUGACAACAAAAACAGCGCUGGUACUUGCGACAUCAAGGCGUGGCGUCGUGGGCUGGUGGCAAGCGUUGCAGUGCGGCGUACGCUACCGUGACGGGGAAAAUGCGACAAUAACCAAACUUGACGCGCGAUGAUGUCGCUCAUUGACAACCACGAGUAGAGACUACGGUACCGUACAGGAAAGACUG